AUGGUAUCUUUGCGCCCCUUGUCUUGUUCUCUCCCCCUCGCUUCCCGAGGUGCUCUCUUUGCAACCUGUGCCGCUGCCUCAGCUCGUCCUGCCUCGCUCCGAGCUGCAAGACUCGCCAACAAGUUGUUUCCGUCACCUCAUUGUUCUGCGAAGCCUCGCUUGCAGCCAUCAUCGAUGCGUGCGCUGACAAGCGCGCGUGAAAAGGUCAAAGUUCUCCUCGUUACGUACGACGGUGGCAAGCACGCCAAGGACGUUCCGGAGUUGCUCGGCACGACUGAGAAUGAACUUGGCCUGAGAAAGUGGCUCGAGGACCAGGGCCACACUCUCGUCACAACUUCAGACAAGGAGGGGGAGAACUCCAAGUUCGACCAAGAGCUUGUCGAUGCCGAAAUCAUCAUUACCACCCCCUUCCACCCUGGCUACCUUGAUGGCAAGCGCCUUCCCAAGGCCAAGAAGCUCAAGCUCGCUGUCACUGCUGGUAUCGGUUCCGACCAUGUCGACCUCGACCUUGCCAAUAAGACCAAUGGCGGUGUUACGGUGGCCGAAGUCACUGGCAGUAAUGUCGUCUCCGUUGCUGAGCACGUCGUCAUGACCAUCUUGGUGCUGAUUAGAAACUUUGUCCCCGCUCACGAGCAGGUGGAGCGAGGUGACUGGGACGUUGCGGCCGUCGCCAAGCAGGAGUAUGAUCUCGAGAACAAGGUUGUUGGUACCGUUGGUGUCGGUCGUAUCGGUGAACGCGUCUUACGCCGACUUAAGCCGUUUGACUGCAAGCUCCUGUACUUCGACUAUCAACCUCUGAGCAAGGACAAGGAAGAGGAAAUUGGCUGUGAACGCGUCGCAAAACUCGAAGAUAUGCUAAAACGGUGUGACGUUGUCACCAUCAACUGCCCCUUGCAUGAGAAGACAAAGGGUCUGUUUAACGAGGACCUCAUUGCCCUGAUGAAGCGCGGCUCAUACCUCAUCAACACUGCUCGGGGCGCCAUCGUCGUCAAGGAGCACGUCGCAAAGGCCCUCGAAACCGGCCACCUCGCCGGUUACGGUGGUGAUGUCUGGUUCCCUCAGCCCGCGAGCCGGGACCACCCGUUGAGAACCGCCAAGAACCCAUUUGGAGGGGGCAACGCCAUGGUCCCCCACAUGUCUGGCACCUCGCUUGAUGCCCAGAAGCGCUACGCUGAUGGUGUCAAGGCCAUCAUCCAGAGUUACUUGAGCGGCAAGCACGACUAUCGUCCCGAGGACUUGAUUGUCCACAAGGGCAGCUACGCCACCAAGGCCUAUGGUGAGAACAAGGGGAAACCUGCGACCACAAAGUGA